AUGAAUCGCGCCAUGCAAGUGAAGCCGGCCGACACUGAAAGCAGGCCGACCAGCCCGAAAGACAAGUUGCAGAUCGAUGAUAAGAAACUAUUCGUCGGCAUGUUAUCGAAACAUCAAUCCGAAGAAGAAGUUCGAGCGUUGUUCCUACCUUUCGGCGUCCUCGAAGAGUUAGUAGGACGUGGACGAGUUUGUUGCAUGCAGGUGACAGUGCUACGUGGUGCCGACGGAGCGUCGAAGGGUUGCGCGUUCGUGAAGUUCAAGAACGCGUUGGACGCUCAGAUGGCGAUCACCGCCCUGCACGGCAGUCAGACGAUGGCCGGCGCCAGUUCGAGCCUUGUCGUCAAGUACGCCGACACCGAAAAGGAACGACAGGUCCGCCGAAUGCAGCAGAUGGCAGCGCAGAUGGGUCUCCUCAAUCCGGUGCUCGUCAACCAGGUCGGUGCCCAAUACAGUGCCGCAUAUCAGCAGGUUUGUCAGUGGUAG